ACUUAUCGAGAUCUUACCAUCCAUAAGGUUGCAACUAUCGAUAGUUUUGCAGAUGGACAAACAGAUGUAAACAACGCCGGCAGAUUUUUUACUUUAUCGCUGAGUGGGAAAUGUUUUAAUUAGUUGUUUUGUUUAAAUUAUCAUUCAUAAACCCGCCAAGAUGUUUUCUAUGUGCAAACAGACACACGCGGCCACAUCCGUGGAAUUCGCCAUAUCGUGCCGCUUCUUCAAUAAUGUCGAGGAGAAUCUGGUCGUAGCCGGUGCCAAUGUGCUCAAGGUUUAUCGCAUUGCACCCAAUGUGGAUGCGACUCAGCGCCAGAAAUUAAAUCCAAGCGAAAUGCGAAUAGCACCUAAAAUGCGUCUCGAAUGCUUGGCAAGCUAUUCCCUUUAUGGAAAUGUAAUGUCUCUGCAAAGUGUCUCCCUAGCUGGGGGUAUGCGAGAUGCUUUGCUUGUGAGCUUUAAAGAUGCAAAGCUUUCGGUGCUGCAGCUGGAUGCAGAUACGCAAACAUUAAAAACACUCUCUUUGCACUAUUUCGAAGAAGAAGACAUACGGGGCGGCUGGACAGGCCGCUAUCAUGUGCCCGUGGUGCGAGUGGACCCAGAUGCCAGAUGUGCUGUAAUGCUUGUCUAUGGCAAACGUUUGGUGGUGCUGCCCUUUCGCAAGGACAAUAGUCUCGACGAAAUCGAGUUAGCAGACGUGAAGCCCAUUAAGAAGGCGCCCACUGCAUUGGUUACACGAACACCGAUUAUGGCAUCCUAUUUAAUAGCCUUAGCUGAUCUCGACGAGAAGCUAGACAACGUGCUAGACAUACAAUUUCUGCAUGGAUAUUAUGAACCAACUCUGCUAAUACUCUACGAGCCAGUACGCACCUGUGCAGGCCGCAUUAAGGUACGCUCCGACACCUGCGUACUGGUGGCCAUCUCCUUGAACAUACAGCAACGCGUGCAUCCAAUCAUCUGGACGGUAAAUAGCUUGCCAUACGAUUGCCUGCAUGUCUUCCCCAUACAGAAGCCCAUUGGUGGCUGUUUGGUUAUGACUGUGAAUGCGAUUAUCUAUCUGAAUCAGAGCGUGCCACCAUAUGGCGUUAGCCUGAAUAGCUCUGCUGAUAACAGCACCAGUUUUCCGCUCAAGCCGCAGGACAAUGUGCGCCUCAGCUUGGACUGUGCGAACUUCGCUUUCAUUGAUGUGGAUAAAUUGGUUAUAUCGCUGCGCACCGGAGAUCUCUAUGUUUUGACCCUCUGUGUUGAUUCCAUGCGAACUGUGCGCAAUUUUCAUUUCCACAAAGCGGCGGCCAGCGUGCUCACCAGCUGCAUCUGUGUCUGUCACACGGAAUAUAUCUUCCUUGGCUCUCGGCUGGGCAACUCGCUGCUGUUGCACUUCACCGAAGAGGAUCAGAGCACCGUGAUUACCUUGGACGACAUGGAGUCAGCGGCGGCAGCAGCGGCAGCUGUAGCUGCAGCAGUAGUGGAUCAGCAGCAGCAAUCGAUUGAUCAAUCGCCUCCACAAUUGGAUGAGGAACAGGUCUUUGACGUGGACCAGCACGAGGCGCCAUCGCAAGCAAAAUCGCGUCGCAUUGAGGACGAAGAGCUAGAGGUUUAUGGCUCGGGUGCCAAAGCUUCAGUGCUGCAGCUACGCAAAUUCAUCUUUGAGGUCUGCGACAGCCUCAUCAAUGUGGCUCCCAUCAAUUAUAUGUGCGCCGGCGAGCGUGUGGAGUUCGAAGAGGACGGCACCACAUUGCGUCCACAUGCCGAGUCCCUAAAUGAGCUAAAGAUCGAGCUUGUCGCUGCCACAGGACACAGUAAAAACGGCGCUCUCUCUGUUUUUGUGAACUGCAUCAAUCCCCAGAUCAUCACCAGCUUCGAAUUGGAUGGCUGUCUGGAUGUGUGGACGGUCUUUGAUGAUGCAACACGCAAGCCGUCUACAGCUCGUCAAGAGCAGCAUGAUUUUAUGUUACUCUCACAGCGAUCCUCGACGCUCGUCCUGCAAACGGGACAGGAGAUCAAUGAGAUCGAGAACACAGGCUUCACUGUCAACCAGCCGACCAUAUAUGUCGGUAAUCUCGGCCAGCAGCGGUUUAUAGUGCAGGUUACCACGCGUCACGUGCGACUGUUGCAGGGCACACGACUCAUCCAGAACGUGCCCAUCGAUGUAGGCUCGCCCGUGGUGCAGGUGUCCAUAGCCGAUCCCUAUGUCUGUCUGCGUGUGCUCAAUGGCCAGGUCAUUACGUUGGCGUUGCGCGAGACACGUGGCACUCCUCGCUUGGCCAUUAACAAGCAUACGAUCAGCAGUUCGCCAGCUGUGGUUGCGUGCGCAGCGUACAAGGAUCUGUCCGGACUAUUCACAUGCAAAGCGGACGAUGUGCUCAAUUUGACGGGGAAUACGGGGACGGGAUUCGCCAACAGCUUUGGCGGCUACAUGAAGGCCGAGCCGCACAUGAAGGUGGAGGACGAGGAGGACUUGCUCUAUGGCGAUGCGGGCAAUGCCUUCAAAUUGAACAGCAUGGCCGAUCUGGCCAAGCAGUCGAAGCAAAAGAAUUCGGAUUGGUGGCGACGCCAGCUGGUGCAGGCGAAGCCCAGCUAUUGGCUGGUUGUGGCACGACAAAGUGGCACGCUGGAGAUCUAUUCGAUGCCGGACAUGAAGCUCGUCUAUUUGGUCAACGACGUGGGCAAUGGUGCACUAGUUCUCACAGACGCCAUGGAAUUCGUUCCGAUUUCAUUGACGCAGGAGAACUCCAAAGCGGGCAUCUUGCAUGCCUGUAUGCCGCAGCAUGCCAACUCGCCGCUGCCCCUCGAACUGUGCCUCGUGGGCCUGGGUCAGCAUGGCGAGCGACCCUUGUUACUGGUGCGCACUCGAUUAGAGCUGCUCAUCUAUCAGGUCUUCCGCUACGCCAAGGGACAUUUGAAGAUACGUUUUCGUAAGCUGGAGCAACUGCAUCUGCUCGAUCAACAGCCCACACACAUUGAACUAAUCAAUGAGGAGGAGACGGAUGAGGCCGAGUCGUAUAAUAUGCAACCCAAAUACGUGCAGAAGCUGCGCUACUUCGUCAAUGUGGGUGGCCUGGCCGGGAUUAUGGUGUGCGGCGUGAAUCCCUGCUUCGUGUUUCUCACUGCACGCGGCGAGCUGCGCAUUCAUCGACUGUUGGGCAAUGCGGACGUUCGCAGCUUUGCAGCUUUUAAUAAUGUGAAUAUCCCGCAUGGUUUUCUCUACUUCGAUACCACCUAUGAGCUAAAGAUCUCUGUGCUGCCCACCUAUUUGAGCUAUGAUGCCGCCUGGCCGGUGCGUAAGGUGCCCUUGCGCUGCACGCCGCGUCAAUUGGUUUAUCAUCGCGAGAAUCGAGUUUAUUGCCUGAUCACGCAGAAGGAGGAGCCGAUGACCAAAUACUAUCGCUUCAAUGGCGAGGACAAGGAACUGUCCGAGGAGAGUCGAGGCGAACGCUUCAUUUAUCCAAUUGGCUCGCAGUUCGAAAUGGUCUUGAUUAGUCCCGAGACAUGGGAGAUUGUGCCGGACGCUUCAAUACAAUUUGAGCCGUGGGAGCAUGUGACGGCCUUUAAGAUUGUGAAGCUCUCGUACGAGGGCACGCGAUCUGGCUUAAAGGAAUAUCUCUGCAUCGGCACAAAUUUCAACUAUAGCGAAGAUAUCACCAGUCGCGGCAAUAUCCAUAUCUAUGAUAUUAUUGAAGUGGUGCCAGAGCCUGGCAAGCCGAUGACAAAAUUCAAGCUCAAGGAGGUGUUCAAGAAGGAGCAGAAGGGACCAGUUUCGGCCAUCUCUGAUGUGGUUGGCUUUCUGGUGACGGGUCUCGGCCAGAAGAUCUACAUUUGGCAGUUACGCGACGGCGAUCUCAUUGGCGUCGCCUUCAUCGAUACGAACAUCUAUGUGCAUCAGAUAAUUACAGUCAAGUCGUUGAUCUUUAUAGCCGACGUUUAUAAGUCGAUCAGUCUGCUGCGUUUCCAGGAGGAAUAUCGCACGUUGUCGCUGGCCUCGCGCGAUUUCAAUCCUCUCGAGGUCUUUGGCAUCGAAUUCAUGGUGGACAACUCGAAUUUGGGCUUUCUGGUCACGGAUGCGGAACGCAAUCUGAUUGUCUACAUGUAUCAGCCGGAAUCGCGCGAAUCUCUGGGCGGACAAAAGCUUCUGCGCAAAGCGGAUUACCACCUGGGCCAGGUGGUGAACACCAUGUUCCGUGUGCAAUGCCAUCAGCGGGGUGUGCAUCAGCGACAGCCCUUCCUCUACGAGAACAAGCAUUUGGUCAUCUAUGGCACGCUCGAUGGUGCCCUGGGCUAUUGCUUGCCGUUGCCAGAAAAGGUCUAUCGUCGCUUCCUUAUGCUGCAGAACGUCCUGCUCUCCUAUCAGGAUCACUUGUGUGGACUAAACCCGAAGGAAUAUCGUACGAUCAAGACGGUCAAGAAAAUGGGCAUCAAUCCGUCGCGCUGCAUCAUCGACGGCGAUCUCAUUUGGUCGUAUCGCAUGUUGGCCCAUUCGGAGCGCAGCGAGGUGGCCAAAAAGAUUGGCACGCGCACCGAGGAGAUACUCGCCGAUCUGCUCGAGAUCGAACGCCUGUCGGCUAUCUUUUAAAGUCAAAGACGGGCCUCUACAUUUGUAAAGUUAAUCCUUAAGCCUUAGUCCUAAGUCGUAGUCCUUUAGCUAUAAGUUAUGCCAGCUGCAUGUCAACUUAGUCCAACUGCCCCCAAACUAUCUUAGUAGCAACAAAAUAAUUUGUUAAAGCGAUUUGUAGUUUUUCCAAA